UUUCAUAACUCAUCAGAAGAAGGUUUGGAGUUAGGUUUCUGAACUUAACCACAGUAAGCAUAGAAGCAGCUACAACAAGCAUUGCAGGAGUUUUGUGAUUAAGUCCGGGACAGGUUUAAUGGGAGGGAAGGAUAAAUCUCAUAAAAGGGACAAGAGAAAGAAAGGUAAUUUUGAUGACACUUCUAAGAAAAAGGUGUCUGGAAAGGCAGCUGAUGGCUCUUUUAAAACCGAGAAUUUUGCGAAGCAUCGGAUGAAUUACGCGCCUCAUCAAUCCGUUGUCAGGAAGCAGGUUGACCCGGAAACCACGAAAUACUUUUCUGAGAUUGCCAAUCUUUUCGAGAGUAAUGGGGUUGAUUUGGAGGAGCGGGCGGUUAUAUGUGGUAAUGCUCUUGAAGAAACCAGAGGGAAUGAAUUUCAACUUGCGACUGAUUAUAUCAUAAGCCACACUUUGCAGAUGCUUCUCGAGGGAUGUGAUAUUGACCACCUUUGUGAUUUCCUUCGAAGUUGUGCAAAGGACUUUCCAUUUAUCGCGACGGAUCAAUCGGGUUCUCAUGUAGCUGAGACUGCUAUUAGGUCUUUAGCUAUGCAUCUUCAAGACAGUGAUGUCUACUCUGUUGUUGAGGAUACUUUAACCAUGAUAUGCAAGGUUGUUGUAGAAAAUUCUGUUGAUGUGAUGUGUAACUGCUAUGGAUCUCAUGUUCUUCGAAGCCUUCUUUCUCUCUGUAAAGGAGUACCAUUGGAUUCUUCAAAGUCUCAUGACAAGAAGUCAUCUGUAGUUCUUGCAGAGCGAUUGAAUUUUAAAGCAUCUAGAUCAGAUGAAAAUGCUUCAUUGCAUGCUCAUCAGGGAUUCCCAGAUUUAUUUAAGCUUCUUGUCUCGGGGAUAAUGAAUUGUACCCAGGAAGACAUAAAGACUUUGCAAUUUGACCAGUAUAGCAGUUUGGUUUUGCAGACUGCUUUGAAGUUGUUAGCUGGAGAUGACGAAGAACUGUUGAGAAUAAUUCCCAUACUUCUUGGGUGCAAAAAGGAGAAUAUCAAAGAUGGCAACAUUAUAGAAGCAAAUGAAGUGCGGAACAUUGUAGAUUUGAUGAAAGAAACUGCUUUUAGCCAUCAAAUGGAGGUAAUUUUGGAAGUGGCUCCUGAAGUCUUGUACAAUGAAAUUUUUUUGAAAGUAUUCAGGAAUUCAUUAUUUGAGCUUUCAUCUCAUCAUUGUGGAAACUUUGUUGUUCAAGCACUAAUAUCUCACGCAAGGCAUCGAGAACAAAUGGAGUUAAUCUGGGAGGAACUUGGUCCAAAUUUUAAGGGUAUUAUUGAGAUGGGAAGGCCAGGAGUGAUUGCUUCAGUCAUCGCUGCAAGUCAAAGGUUUCAUACUCAUGAACAAAAGUGUUGUCAGGCCCUUGCUGCUGCAGUAUGUUCAGCGAAUGAAUCACCAAGAUGGAUCGUUCCUCGAAUUCUUUUCCUUGAUAACUACUUCUGCUGUGAAGACAAGGCUAACUGGACAUGGCAGGGAAGCGCUAAAAUCCAUGUCGUUGGUUCUCUGAUUUUGCAGGAAGUUUUCCGAUAUCCAGGCGAGUUUAUACAACCUUUUGUUACAAGUAUCUUAUCGAUGGAAGAUGACAAUGUCCUAGACCUAGCAAAAAAUACAGGAGGUGCUCGUGUCAUUGAAGCUUUUCUAAGUUCGAGUGUUUCUGCAAAACUGAAACGUCGUUUAAUAGCAAAGCUCCGCGGACAUUUUGGAGAGCUUUCAAUGCACUUGCCUGGUUCAUUUACUGUUGAUAAAUGUUUUGCAACCAGCAAUAUCUCACUGCAAGAGGCCAUAGUAUCCGAGUUGUCAGCUGUGCGAAGCGAGCUUUCGAAGACAAAGCAAGGUCCUCAUCUCAUAAGGAAACUAGACGUUGAUGGAUUUGCUGCUCGACCUGAUCAGUGGAGGUCAAAACAAGAAUCAAAACAGUCAGCAUAUAAAGAAUUUCAUGCCACAUUUGGCUCUGGUGAAAUCAAGUCAUCAAAACACGGCAACUUUCUUGCUCAUACUUCCAAGGAGAAACCACGGCCAGAAGGGAUAAAGAAAAUGAGGAAAGAAAUCAACGAUAGCCUAGCUUCUCCGGUGCCAUUUUUGAGCAAUUCGGGCUUUAAAGGCAGGUCCCACAAGUCCGGAAAGCACUGGAAAAACGAUGCAAGAACUGCAGUAGAUGGUGAUGGCUCGAAAGGGAAAAAUAAUUGGUCAAAGAAGAGAGAGAAUCAAGGUGGGUCAGACAAAUCUGCAGACAGAUUGGAGAGGAAACGCCAGAAAGGGGAUAUCUAGUCUUAUGCUCCUAAUGUGGAUCAUCGGUUUUACAAUCCAAUUUUGUAAAAUUUCUUUUCGUAGCUGCAAAUUCUACUACUACUGGGGAAGAGGACUACAGAAGUCUUGGAGUGGCAGAAGAAAGAUAAUGGUUUGGAUAAACAACUAUUCCGUGUUAGUAAUUUUUGACAAAAGCAGAUAAGUAUACAACUGAAUUGGAGAAGUUACUAGUGUUACUCAUUUCAGUAUUUGUUGGUUCUUUCCGUUCUUUAAGAUGAUUUUACAAAGUUUUUCAAUGUUGUAACUCUAUACUCAAGGAAAAAAAAAAAAAAGAAAAAAAAAGAAAGAAAGAAAAGAAAAGGCUUCUAUUCAAUUACCCCAAAAUUGCAAUCUUACAAUACUUGCAUUACAUGAACCAUCUGCAUUGUUUGAAAACUGCUGUAUACAA